CAAAAUUGCCUCCACUGGCGUUGGCAAUUCAAGUUGCGCGCGCAGAUAGCAGUGACCAACUGCACAGUCGGGUGCUUGACGCAUUGCAGGUGCGUAUUGGCCAAUCAGAAGGAAGCUUAGUUUGGCUGUUGGAUGCCGACAAGGAAGUCUGUAAACAAGACCGCACCUAUAAAGCUCUUUCGCCUGCGCCCAGAAAACGUAAUCCACAUUCUGAGUUUGUAUUAGGUGGUUCUUGUGUUCCCAAAGUGAUCGGACGGCUAUAGUGCUAACAAAAUAGUGGAUAUUUCACGUUUUCAAUUGAAACCAGUGUUGUGAGAAAUAAUUUUGGAGGCUUCAACUCGACUGCGGAUUAAUACAUUACAUUGACGUCACAGACCAUAUCGUACAAGUAUUUUGAGUAGGCCGGUGUCGCUCGGUGUACGGUGUGCAGUGGAGUUUGUAGUUUACCACCGGUGAAUACUAGAAGUCUGUAGUGGAAUCCUACCUAUAACACAAAAAUGGCCGACCAACUAACAGAGGAGCAGAUUGCCGAAUUCAAGGAGGCGUUUUCGCUGUUCGACAAGGACGGAGAUGGCACCAUCACCACCAAAGAGUUGGGCACAGUGAUGCGCUCGCUCGGCCAGAACCCCACCGAGGCCGAACUACAGGACAUGAUCAACGAGGUUGAUGCCGACGGUAACGGCACAAUCGACUUCCCCGAGUUUCUGACAAUGAUGGCGCGAAAGAUGAAGGACACGGACUCGGAAGAGGAGAUCCGAGAGGCGUUCCGGGUGUUCGACAAGGACGGCAACGGCUUCAUCUCGGCGGCCGAGCUCAGGCACGUGAUGACCAACCUCGGCGAGAAGCUCACUGACGAGGAGGUCGAUGAGAUGAUUCGCGAGGCCGACAUUGACGGAGACGGCCAAGUCAACUACGAAGAAUUCGUUACAAUGAUGACAUCCAAGUGAGCGAACGGCAAAUUUAGCGGCAGUGCAGGUGCGUUGGGGAGUGGCGACGAAGCGGGAGAAAGAGAAGAAGAAUGAUGGGAAGAAGUAAGAAGAAAGAGCGCUGCAUUUGUCGUCAAUCUCUCACCGAACAGCAAGCAAACAUCUCUCUCACAGCAUUCAUCUCUAUUGGCAGACGUCUGCCAGUAGCACAGACACUCAAAGUGAUGCUUUAAUGUUAUAUCAGUGGUCAAGUGAUGCAAUUAAUAAUAAUAAUAAAAUAUCUGUGUAAAUUUUUGUAAAAAAACAUUAAUAAUUUAGAAAUAAUGUUACAUAUGUGGUAUUAUUAUUAUUAUUGUUUACAAAUGUACUUGUAGGUGCGUGCAGACUUGUGCGUGCCACGAACAUGCGUCUAUUUCAACAGCUGAUGCUGUGCUUAUUAUAUCUGUGUAUCUUGACAGUUUCUGUACAGAUACAGAUAUAAUAAAUCAUAUAUCUGAAUCUCAACAGUUUUUGUACGAAUUCAGAUGUAGCAAUCAUAUUAUAUGUGUAUCUUUAAGUUUCUGUUCACUCAGAUGUAGUAAGCAUAGUAUCAGCUGUGGAAUACGCGUGUUCGUGGCGCAUAAGUCUGUACGCACCUUGUAAUACUUGCUACUUUACUGCAACUAUCGACAUCCUACUUCACUUACGAACUGUGUUCGGUUUAUGUGUUGGUAAAAAUUUGAAACGAUUUCGGUUAAAAUUGUAAAACGGUGGGUGUCUAGAAAAUAACGGCUUGCAGGCCUUUGUUUGUUUUAGAUUAUUUUUUGUUGAUAAUAACUGAAAACAGUUGUGUAAUGAUUGUUGUUCUUGGUCCGAUUAUUCCCUUGUGGCUAGCAACUCGCGUUAGGGCCCCAAAACACAUUCCUUCAAUUUGCAAACGAUAAAUUAAUCUGAUAAAUAAUUAUUACCCAAUCAAUUGGUGUAUUAUUUAAAAUGAAUAAAAGACAAUUAAACGUGUUUCUUCUUUAAGGUUAA